GAGAAGAGAGGAGGCAGACGGACGAGAGCUUGGCCGCCCGCGCACACAACCGCGACGUUUCCCGACCCCUCACUCCACCACCACCCACUCGGCCGGCGCCGCUGCAGUGCAGAGUUGCGCGCCUCCUGUUUCUUCUUCGUCGUCCCCUACCCGUCACGCCCACUCAUAUAACGACUCCCUGCAGUCCAGGAAGCCAUUCGCGAGCUACACAACCAGGAACCGGCCCGAGACAGACGCCACACCACUUGCGUACCAGGCUUUCAAAAUCCGGUCAUCCACCGGGACCCGGCAGAGAGGCGUGCAAGGUUCCUUCCUCGCCGGGGAUUAAAUUAGCCGCCGGCGGAGCUCGAUCGAUCCAGCUUCCGCGGAGAGCCGCCGGCUCUUAUUCUUGGUCCCGAUUCUCGCUUGCGACUUUUGUGGCGCGCCGGUGAGGAAGAGAGAGCGAGGGCGAUCGAGCAAACAUGGCGGCGGCCACUUCCGCUUCUACCAUGUCCCUGCUCCCGAUCUCCCAGCUGAAGCAGCAGCACCACGGCGCCGGUGCCGUGGUCGUGUUCCGGCGGCGGCCCCGGGACGCGCGGCGGAGGCGAUACGUCGUGCCGACGGCGAGGCUGUUCGGGCCGGCGAUCUUCGAGGCGUCGAAGCUGAAGGUGCUGUUCCUGGGCGUGGACGAGGAGAGCGGGAGGCAGCAGGGCCAGGGGGUGCUGCCGCGGACGUACACGCUGACGCACAGCGACGUGACGGCGAGCCUGACGCUGGCCGUGUCCCACACCAUCAACCGCGCGCAGCUGCAGGGGUGGUACAACCGGCUGCAGCGCGACGAGGUGGUGGCGGAGUGGAACAAGGUGCGCGGCCGGAUGUCGCUGCACGUCCACUGCCACAUAUCCGGCGGCCACUUCCUGCUCGACCUCAUCGCCGGCCUCCGCUACUACAUCUUCCGCAAGGAGCUCCCCGUGGUUCUGAAGGCGUUCGUGCACGGCGACGGCGACCUGUUCAGCCGGCACCCGGAGCUGGAGGAGGCCACGGUGUGGGUCUACUUCCACUCCAACCUGCCGCGCUUCAACCGCGUCGAGUGCUGGGGCACGCUCCGCGACGCCGCCGCGCCCGCCGAGGACGACGGCGGCUCCGCGGCCGCCGAGGCGGAGGGCCAGGCGACGGCGAUGCCCGUGGGCGAGUGGCCGCGCCGGUGCCCCCAGCAGUGCGACUGCUGCUUCCCGCUGCACAGCCUCAUCCCCUGGCCGAACGAGCACGACAUGGCCGCCGACGCCCCCGCCGCCGGCCAGGCCCAGCAGCAGUGACAGCGACGCCGCAAGCAAAUGUAAGCCGUAGCUACUAGACUAGCGCCUAUUCUUUAAUUGGUAGCUUUAGCUCAGCUCUACUCCAGCAAAGCUCUUCGUCUCUAGACUUAGCUUGGUCAGGGGAUCAAACUCAUGAACAUGGUCGCGCCUUGUACAUAGCUAGUAGUAAUGUAGAACGCUUGGUGUGGAUGGCAAAACUUGGCAAAGAAAGCGCACGUUGCUGCAGCUGCAAAGAUAUGGCGUGUUCAAGGGCCGGCAGGCAAGUUUCAUCUGUACAAUGGAUCAGCUCUUGGACUGGAACUCCGUAGUGAAAUAAAAAAAAACAUGUAAAUGGGAAUGAUUAAAUGAUUUUUAGUCGACAGUCA